UUAGUAAUGAAGACUAUGUGACAGAAACAUAAUUGUGAUAAUUUUUUAUACUGAGUAAACCAGUUAAAUAUAAUUUUUGGAGAUUAAUUUGUAACAUAAAAUUGUCAUGAAAUCGUUUUGUGAGAGAUGAGUGUCUUCGGGGAUUUUCAACGUGUGUGGGUGCAACGAUUUCCAGAGAGUGCUUUACCAGCCGCUUGGGAGGAAGAUGUCAGGGCCAAUUUGGCUAAACACAAACAGAAAGUGGCUAUACUCAGGGAGGAGUUAGAGAAGGAAGAGUUCUACGUGGAGUAUCUGGAGACCCUAUUGUCUGAUGUGGAGAAACAUAAGACUGCAUCGCUGGGGAAAGGGGUACCGCCCUCGGGAGCUGACGUGAGCGAGGCUGAUGAUAAUACGGCUGAUACCAAGCAGGUUUCAAACACAGACUCCUUAUCCAAGAAGAGCAUAACAAGUCUAACAAGUAGUAAAAGCGAUGAGUCUGCCUCCGAGACUGCUGAAGUAGAACCUGUACAGUUGAGGAGUAAGCCAACUAAGCCUCUGCAUGCAGAGAGGAGCUCUGUCAACCAGUGUAUCAAUGAGCUCUCUUCUAACUUGGUGGCCGAGGCGGCUCGGAGAAGAUGCAACAGUGAAGUAGUGCAGAGGACUGAAAAUAAUCAGGAUACAAAUGCUUUAGAAGAAACAAGUCCGAGUCCAGCUAAAAACCGUCCAGCGUCACAAGCGGGUGAUUUCGUAACAGUCAUCGAAGUAAAUGGUCUGAAGGCAGCCGAGAAUGCGUCCAAGAAAGCACAGGAAUCGCCACCGUCUUCUGAGAGCAGCCCUGUUGAUCCCGCGGCGGCUGCUAAGAAAAAAGUACCACCCAAACCCCCACCGAAAACAUUUGGCAAGCGUGGCGCUUCACUGCCGGAAUCGGACCUCCCCGGAGAUAGCCCGCCGUCGUCGCUGGGGCGGAGACUCCGCGGCGCGGAGUCGCGGGAGUCCAUCGGCAGUAGAGCUUCCACGCCCUCUAUCAGUGAACGAGUGAAGAGCUACGAAUCCAUAAACUCCCUCUCAUCUGAACGCAAACGCUCCGGCGGAGCGGCAACGCCGCUAUCCAUCGACGAAGAGGCGUCCACACCUGAUACUCCAGGCGAAACUGGCGGGGAGCCUGCUUCGCUUGAGAGCAUACCGGCCGGGCCUGAAGACGAGCCCUACUACGACCAGGUGCCGCAGGACAGUAUCAACGAUGGCGAAUAUGUUUACAUACAAGCAGGUGGAACGGGAUCUAGUGCGGAUGACGCGUCUAGCGGAGCCAGCACGCUGGCGCUGUCCACGCCGGCCGCGGCACAGGCGCCCACGGCCCCGCGCGCGCCCGACUCGCCGCCUAUCGCCACCGCGCCCAACUACGUCAACAUACACUACUUCAUACAACAAGCGGGCGAAGGUGCAGAAGUGAAUGAAGCCAACACAGAGCUAGCCGACUCCAGUGAUACUCCUCUCUUGCUGCGGACGAUAUCGUCUGACACAGAGGCGAGCGCCACGCCGCCUGCCUUGAGGAAGCUACAGCACCAGGAAUCAAAUAACAGUAGCAAUGCGGAGGCUGAGCGUCUUACCAUGCAUCGGUGUAUUGUCACGAGCAUCAUCGAGAGCGAGACUGUUUACGUUGAAUGCCUAUACGUUAUGGAAAAGUACAUGAACGCCAUAAAAGCGACGCUGUCGACGUCCCAGCCUGUGAUAACGGAGGAGGAGUUCAACACGAUAUUCUACAAGAUAUCGGAGCUGCACGAACUACACAAGAACUUCCUCGAGGGACUGAAGGCCGCUGUCGCUAGUUGGGAAGAGCCUCUAUCAGUGGGAAGCCACUUUAAAAAAAUGGCGGAGAACAUAAACGUAUACGGUGCGUUCCUGCACAACUACGGUCGAGCUACGGACGCCGUGCGACGCCGCUGCGCGAGCUCGCAACGCUUCGCCGACCUCACGCGGCAGAUCGCCUGCCGCGGCCAGCCCAUGUCGCUCGACGACUUGCUGCACAAACCUGUCGCUAGAGUCCAGAAGAAUGCACUUGUCUUGCACGAUCUCAUAAAAUACACCCCUGCAAGCCACCCCGACCACGCGAUGCUCACCGACGCACUCAACAUGACACAACAUUUCCUCGACGAAUUUAAUAUUAUACAAACUAAGUCCAUGUUCCCUAACGCUGACCGCGCCCAAAGAAGACUUGUCAAGAAUUCGUUUAUUGUAGAACUUUCGGAUGGACAUAGAAAAUUGAGGCAUUUAUUCCUGUUCAACGAUGUCAUAGCUUGUGCCAAAUACAAGGCUUCAGGUCGCGAUAAGUUCACGUUCGAGUUAAAAUGGUUCAUCCAACUAUCGGACAUCGUAGUGGUAGAAGAGGAGAUGGGAGCGGCGGACGCGCGCGAAACCUCACCAGCCAACAUCGUGGCGCUCAAGUCGCAGGCGUCCACCGUGCGCGACCAGAUACUUGCUGAAGAGCGGGCGGCACAGGAUGACAAAAAAAUCCGAUUAGGCAGUCGCGGCACGGCGGAAAAGCAGCGCAAGAAGCUUGCAGAGCUAGAAGGGCAGCUAGUACUGGCGUCACCUAACCUUGUUCUACGAAUUGGAGCGCGAGCACCCGGCGCUUCCGCGUUGCAACGGCACCAUAUAUUCUUCCUGAGCUCAGAGUAUGAGCGCACGCAGUGGAUCGACUCUAUACAUGCACUACAGGCAUCUUCGGCACCACCAGGCGGCUCAGCGGCAGUAUCAAUGCUGGAGCUGCAAGCGUGGGUGACGGCAUGCCGCAGCUACCUGCAGACGGACAUGGGCUCGUACCUGCUGCGCAGCGGGCGCGACGACUCGCUGCUGCUGGGCGACCUGCAGCUGCACAUCACCGGCAUGACCGCGCCGCUCGACUCCUCGGCCGAUUACUACAUAGUAGUGGAGGUCGACUCAUACGGGCACUACUUCCGAAAAGCGAAGUCGAAGCUGGUCUGCCGGACGGCGCAGCCGCGGUGGAACGAGACCUUCACACUAGAGCUGGAGGGGAGUCAGAACCUGCGUCUGCUGCUGUAUGAAGAUGCGGCGAGGCCCGUGCUACGCGGGAAGUGUACUGUUAAGUUGUCUCGGUCCUGGGCGACGGAAGCAGUGGGCGGCGGCGCGGCGCGCACGGUGGCGCUGGGCGGCGGCGCGCUGCCGCUGCGCCUGCGCCUGCUGCCGCCCGAGAGCUCGGCGCGCCGCGUGCCCGCCGCCAAGCCCGGCGCGCUCUUCGGCGCCAAGAUCACGCACGUCGCCAAGCGUGAGAAGCGCAACAUCCCGUUCAUCAUCAGCGCGUGCGUGCGCGAGGUGGAGCGGCGCGGCAUCCUGGAGGUGGGCGUGUACCGCGUGUCGGGCAGCGCCUCCGACCUGGCGCGCCUGCGCAAGAGCUUCGAGACCAAUGCGUACGAAGCCGAGCAGCUGCUGAAGGAAGUGGACAUUCACUCUGUGACGGGCGUGUUAAAGCUGUAUCUGCGAGAGCUGCCCGAAGCGCUCUUCACUGAUGCGUUGUACCCAGAGUUCCUGAAAGCUUGGAGUGCAACACAGGGUGUGGGCACUUCAGUAGAUUCCGGUCCAGCGCAUACACGGCGGCAUGCUCUUAUGAAAUGUUUCGCGCAGCUGCCCGACCUUAACAAGAACUGCAUCGAUUUCCUGCUCAACCAUUUCGUCAAAGUGAACCAGCACGAGGCGGACAACAAGAUGUCGCUGCACAACCUGGCGACGGUGUUCGGGCCGACGCUGCUGCGGCCGGGCGGGCCGGCGGCGGGCAAGCUGCGCGCCGACCAGCUGGCGGCCGGCACCGUGGACGCCAUGGCGCAGGCCGGCAUCCUCUACUGCCUGCUGCAGCAGCGCCAGCUCGCCGCGCAGCUCUCGCACCACCAGCACCAGCACCACCGCGCCAACUGACCCGCACACGAUACUUACACGGCGGGUACGAAUGUGUGAAACUAUGCGGCCUGCCGCCACCGCCACCGCCACCGCACGCGGCUAGCCGCUUAGUGCUCACUAACCCUUAGGCUGGUUUUAGUGUCACGCGGAACGUCCGCGCGGAGCGAUCCGCACCGAACUAAUAUGUAUGAAGUUCAGGGAGCGUUUUUGAGUGGCGCGGACGUCCGCGUGACACUAAAACCAGCCUUAGUCCUACUGAACAGUGCAAUCUUGCAACACAAAUCGCGCUAUGUUUUAUGCGAACUGCUACUUAAAGUAUGAAAUGAAAUGAAACUCUAGGGUUUCUAUUAUUGACCAGUCUAUACAAUGAUAGCAUGUCCGGAUAUACAGAUCGGUACACGAAUGCUGGCGGCACGAAUGGAAUUACCAAAACUUUGAUUAUAUGAGUGACACUUGUAUCGAUUUACAGUCGUAACUGUCAAGAACACAUGCAUAUUUUUAUUCACUCAUUCCUUCCAGUUGUGCUAGGUCUUGUGAAUUGACCUGUACAUACUAUUUUUAAAAGUUUGAGGCCGGAUGUUGAAGCUUCAUACGCGAGGAAAACGUUUAGUGCGAAAUAUUCCUGGCGCCACUAUCUUUUCGUAAGAUAUUUAUCAGAUAACAGAGGGUGUUUCUUAGUUUUAACACCCUGAGAGAUUACAGGGCGACGCUCGUAUUUCGAUGCAUAUUGUAAAUUCGAUGGCUCUGCUUAAAUAUAAUAACACUUAUGCCAUUUGCAUUAUCGCAUGCGAUUGGAACCAAUGAUAACCUAGAGCGAUAAAAUACUAAAUAUAGAUACGUACAUACAUAUAUCGAUCAUCGGUAUAUGAAUUUCGUUUCAAAUUUAAAUGACAGACUUCUUUUAACAAUAUCCUUGUUUAAAAAAAACAUAUAAAUCAUCACAUCGACACAAUUCGAAGUAAUGGACAUGAUUAAAACAAAGACCUUACAGACAAAAUAAUAUAUAAGUACAUUAUGCACGGCAGAGUGCUUAAUUAAUUUGCAUACAUGCUUUUCCGUCUGCGUGACGAUAACGAGCUUCUAAGUGAACCUAGAAAUAACUCCCAAGUCCUUCCGCGCGAACGCUUGUCUGUAUUAAAUUAUUUCCUAUUAACGAAUAGGCUUUAGGUUAGAUAGUCAACUCAAACGAGCCAAACAUACAAACGACGGUUACAAUCAUAUAAAUGAAAAUGCCUUAGCGUUCGUGCAUAGAGGUAAGAUUAAACGUAAGAACUUUUCUAAUUACAAUUUUUCUGAGUAUUCAUUUCUUUGGUCACAAAUUGGUGGCCCAACUAAAUAUCGUAGCAAAUUAUAUUGGAGCCACCAGCUUCCGCUCACACUAGUUUUCUCUUUUUAAUAAUUCUGUUGUUAAAGCGGAUGUAGGUAGGAUUAUAAAUAAGGAAAAGUUUGAUUGGAUGAUAGUUACAAAUCUGUGUUAAUAUCAAAAGAGGGCUCAUGAUAAUGUCUGCUAUUCUUGAGACUAAAUGAUAUUUUCUGCUUAGAACAGUAUGUUAUUAAAUGAGGCAGUUAUUUUUGGGACUACCUCUACAUUCCUAAUGACGUUUGUUCGAAAAUCACUUGGCCUAACUCAUUUGGCCGAAUUAUGAAAUGCCUAACGCUCUUUUGGCCUAACGAUCAUUUGGCAUAAUUUAAAUUUUGCCCCAAAAA